UGUGUUGGGGGGUGGGUUGUUUUAUGAAUUCAGGCCAUUCUCUCUGGGGAACCAAGUAUUGUUGAGGCAGCUGCUGCAUUGUUGAAGGCUAUUGUUACCAGGAAUCCCAAGGCCAUGAUACGUCUAUACAGCACCAGUGCAUUUUAUUUUGCACUGGCCUAUCCAGGAUCUAAUCUACUUUCAAUUGGGCAACUCUUUACCGUCACCCUUGUCCACCAAGGAUUUCAUGGUGGCGAAGAGGCUGCGGUUUCAGCUUCAUUGCCUUUGGCAAAACGCAGUGUUCUUGGUGGACUUCUUCCUGAAUCUUUGUUGUAUGUAUUGAAGCGCAGUGGUCCAGCAGCAUUUGCUGCUGCAAUGGUAUCAGAUUCUGACACUCCUGAGAUAAUAUGGACUCAUAAAAUGAGGGCAGAAAAUUUAAUACGUCAGGCAUUGCAAAUUAAGGUUUUGCAACACCUUGGUGAUUUUCCACAGAAAUUGUCACAGUAUUGCCAUGUUUUGUAUGACUAUGCCCCAAUGCCUCCAGUUAAAUACCCUGAACUUAGAGAUGAAAUGUGGUGUCAUCAUUAUUACUAGAGGAAUCUGUGUGAUGAAAUCCGCUUUCCAAAUUGGCCUAUUGUUGAGCAGCUUGCAAGAUCCUUGAAAUAUCCUUGGAUGAUGUAUCCAGUGAUGAUGUAAAUAAAAAGCACUAUUCGGAGGUAUCAGAUGAAACAUCUAGCUAAUCAAAGCAAAUUGAAAAUAUCAACAAGGAAAAGUUAAAGCGACGAUAUCGAAAACUUGCUGUGAAAUAUCAUCCUGUCAAAAACCCUGAAGGAAGGGAGAAGUUUCUUGCUAUACAGAAGGCUUAUGAACGCCUCCAGGCUCCAGGCUACCAUGUAAGGAUUGCAAGGUCCUCAGCCUUGGAGAUUGCUUCUUUUGCUGAAGGGGACAAUGCAUUUUAUACAGAAGAUAUAGAGACAUAUUGGAGCUAUUCAAAUAUGCUGGCUAUCCCAUGUUGUUAAGUGCUGUUACUGUGGACAAGGAUGAUAAGAAUUUUCUUUCUUUCAGAUGGAGCACCUCUCCUUGUUGCAGCAUCAGAGCUUGUUUGCCUGGCGUAAAAUUCCAUUCUAGCUCAUGCUGCUCGUUGACUUUUAUUGUGGCCAGAUGUGCAUCUUCAUUGAAUGGAGAAGAGCUGGUGAGAGAUGGAGGAGUGCAACUUCUUGCAACUCUUCUUUCCCGUUGCAUGUAUGUUGUUCAACCAUCUACUCCUGGAAAUGAACCACAAACAUCAUGCGAACAUUUUCAGUUCUUAGUCAAUUUGAGGCUGCCGGAUCUGAAAUACUCGAGUUUUCUGGGCUAGUUCCAGACAUUGUGCACGGCACUGAGUUUGAGCUUCUACCAGGAGCUGUUGAUGCUGCUCUACAGUCUAUUGCCAAUGUUUCUGUUUCAUCUGAGUUGCAGGAUGCUUUAUUGAGGGCUGGUGUUUUAUGGUAUGUCAAUUAUUUUUUUUUUUUUGGGGAUAAAAUGCUUGGUAUUUGUCUCUCAACUAUAGGUAUGCAGGAGGAUGUCCCAUGUGAGUUUAGGGCUUAGUUAGCAAACUUGGUGUUUAUAUGUGCCUGUGUCGCCAAAUAGCUUAAGUAUUUAUUUAGUAAGAUGAGCUUUACCAUUACAUGAAAAUUUACUGUGUAUGAAAGUAACUCUGUAAACAGCUAUCUACUAAGCUCUCUAAAUUUUGCAAAGGCUUAAUUUUCAAAGCUUACUAUAUAUUACUUAUGAAA